AUGGAGACUUUCUUCACUACUGCCGAGCACCAUCAGAUAGACUUCAUCAAGACAUUACUCUCGCGAGCACCAAAUCUCAACUCUUUGCAAAUCAUUGAGCGCACCCGAUCCCGCUUUGGAGUCUAUCCGUCAAAGAGCGUCACCAAAUGGCUCCAUGCGCGCAUGAGCGGCCUGACCACAUCCCGCGAUGAUGUGGCAUGGGGCCAAGGCGCACAAGCAACAAAGCAGAUGAGCACUGCCAACCACAAAUUGCACACCCAGAAUUCGAAUACUGGAAAAGGAGCUGAAAGUCACAUUGUUCAGCCGCCUCAGGUGGGAUCGCCCUCACUCAGGGAAAAGGUUCGCGGAACGCCAUGGGAUCGCAAGGUCUAUAUGGAUAGGGUUGGGUAG